GACUGUGGCCAGUCGGUUGUCGGUUGCCGUCGAGUUUGGACGUUCUCUCUCUCACCUGUCGGUUAUUUCGGUUUGACUUUUUCCAUCAGUGUUUUGGGCUCUUCGAUUUCUAUCGAUUGACAAUUUGACUAAACAAAAAAUAAAGGUCACACCUGCUUUCUCUACUAGUCAGUGCGCGUUUCCGGCAACGUGUUGGUGAACAAAGGUCAUUCGUCGGUCUAUAAUAACGACAGGGGAGUGGGUGCGGAAGUAGUGGGGUGGAAUUGUUUGAUGGGACGCAGAUAGAGAAAAUGCGGCAGCAAGAGCAUCAUCAGCAACUGAGCGAAAUGGAUAACAACGACCGGAAACGUGACGAAACGACGUCGCUCGAUGCGUCCACGGUUCAACACAAAGCCCCCGUCAAGGGACGGAUCAACAACGAUCCUCUAACGCUACCUCACAACGAUUUAAAUUUAAAGUUGAACGAAGAUACCAACAAGAUCGGCGACGAAGGAUCUUCGCCCACCUCCAUGUCGAUUGAAGGCGGUCAAGAGACGGUUCGACUUCCGGCCACUUUCGGCGUCAAGUUCCUGGGCAAGCGGGAAGCUCGGGGUCUUUGGGGCAUCAAGUACACCCGCAAACCCGUCGACGAGAUGGUGGCCCUGGCUAAAAACCUCAAACCGGGCACUUCGCUGCCUCACCUUCACUUCAAAGUCGACUCGACGGGCGUCACAAUCAGCGAAAUGCCCGACAACCGCUCACGCAAUUUCGAAACGGGUUUCUAUCCCGUCGAUAUCAUCUCCUACGGCGUUCAGGAUGUCGUCUACACGCGGGUGUUUUCGAUGAUUGUCGUUCGUGACACGACCAUCACUCCGUCGGCCCUGAUGGGCGACUCGACGGCUCCGUUCGAGUGUUACGCUUACGUCUGCGACAGCCGCCAGAGUGCCAGAACGUUGACCAUCGCCCUGGCCACGGCCUUCCAGGAAUUCAGCAAGACGGUCAAGAACCAAAAGACCAAGCACAAACGCAUCGCCAUCGAUUUGCGCACUCCCGAACAAAUGGCAGCCGAAUACGAGGAUCAAGAAACAGAAGCGUGAACAACAUUCCCCCCCCCCCAGGCUCCAUUUCUCAUCAACAAUUUUUUUGAAUUAUUAUUAUUUGCUCCCGCCCAUUUUCGCGUGAUUUGUUCAUUUCCCUUUUUUUCCAAAUUGCCUCUCCAGUUUAGAAAAUUCUUAUUGGAUAAAAAAAGGUAAAUUGAAGAAUUAAACUGACAGGAGAUUUUGUCCAUAUACAUAAUGAAUUGUUCACGAACAAAUCUUUUUUGUUUGUUUUUUUACUCUACUCAUUCCGCAUUUUUGCGUGACAUAUUCCGCGGAUUAAUUUUAGACGCUUGGACCAUAUGUCGAAGGUCAGCGACAAUGGCAACAGGUGCUUAUUUAGCUUUCCAGUCCAAUUGCUAUCGUCGUGCCGAUCAACCACACCCGUUAUAUACAUAUACUGUCUGGUGUACAUUUGUUCCCGAUCUAGAUUCACAAAUAAUAGUAGCAAAUAAUUAUGAUUACCUGGAUACAAAGAAAAAACGACCGAAAUUCAUGACAUAAUCAAACGAAAACCUCACUCUGUCAACCUCGUCAUCAGUGUGUUUUUAUAUUACAUUAUCUCGCAAAAAAAUCAGCUGGGUUUUAUAAUAUCCAAAGAUACGGUAGCGCGCGCAUUGCUCCACAUUUAUAUACAUGGCCGUUAUAUCUCUCAUCGUCUCUCUUUGUUUACCUGUGGUUCCGAGUGUCUGGUGUUUUUUGAAAAACCGUAUUUGAUGACUUCAACAUUUUGUUUUUUGUUUUUGUUUACGCUGGUUGGAUUAUCUGAGUUUUUAAAAAAACUAAUCUAAGAAGGAAAUGGAAACUGAAAAACCCCCGAAAAUGUUUCACACCGAUUUUUGUAACCAAACUGUGAGAUAUUUACGUUGUAUGUCAAAAUGAAUAAAAGGCGUGAAAAUUCUAA